ACUGAAAAGAUAGACAGGAAUAAGGCAUGUACUAUUAGGGGGGACUAGGAUACUGUAACAAAAAUUCACUGAUUUAAAAACAAAGAGAUUUUUCUCUCAUGUAAUAGUCACAGAGGAGACCAGGUUGACAGGUGCAUAGCUUGUUUCUUUUAUCAUUCAGGGACCCAGGCUCCUUCCAUUUUAUGGGUCUUCAGUGCCCUGAGGCUUUGUCAUCAUCUCUAAGGUUGAAACUCUGUCCAGCCACGCGCAGGAUCCAGGUGAGGAAGAAAAAAGAUGGCAUGGAGGAAAGACAGACAUCAAUUGUCUUAAGGCCCCUGGCUUUUCUGCUCACCUUCUAUUGGCAUCUCUAAACUGCACACUCAGCUGGGAGAUGCAGUGAAGCUGGGCAGCCAUGUCCUGGUUAGAACUUUAUUAAGAAAAAAGGGCAAACGGAUUCCGAAGAAUAGCUAGCAGCCUCUGUCACAGCAGUGGAAGAGAAAGGAGGCAUUUUAGGCAGAAGGGGCAGUAUGAUCAAAGGUAAGGAAGUGAGGAACAACCUGUGAUGUGUUAAGAACUAGUAGCGAUUUUGAUGUUGUUAGAAUGUAAAGAAUGAGAUGGAGACAGGAAGAGGUGAAGCUAGAGAGAUGGGUGGGGUGGAUAAAGUUGGAUUUUAUUCUUUAGGAGGAGUUGAAGCCUUUUAUGUAGCAGAUUUUCAUUUCAGUUAUAUACUUAAAGGAGAAAGAUGAAUUUGGAGAACAGAAGACUAGAGGGAAAAAACAAGUUGGGGCAACAGUGUUGGUGAGAUGACCAAGUUUUAAUAGCACUCUGUGAUGAUAGGUAUAGAGGCCUGAAUUUAGAAACAGCUGUAGAAGUAAAAUAGGCAGGACUUGGUGAUAAACUGAAGAGAGAGAAAGAAGGAGGCAUCAAGUUAGGAUCUCAGAUUCCUCACAUAAAUGUGUGGGUGGAUGGUGGUACCAGCAUGCAAUGUCACAGAGUAGGAACAGAUUUAUUGAGGAAAAUGACAAGCUCAGUUUUAGGUCAUAAAGAUAAAAUACUGUGAAGCUUGAUACUCCUACAACAUAUUUUUGGUUUUAUUAAAUUCGUAUGUCAGUAAGAGUGUGUUGCUCAAGUUCAAACUCCUUAGUAUGGCAUAUAAAGCCCUAAAUAAUUUGAACCUAAUCUGCUUCUUCCAUAUCACCUUCUAUUCUCUUUACUAUACAUAUAUACCUUUUGUCUCCACCACAUUAAAUUUUUCUCAAAGAGAUAGUCCCUGACUCUGAAACACUAAGACAGGUUCUCUUAAAUCAUACUAUCUGUGCUUUCUGAGGUAAAUUGGGAAGGGCUUAAUGCCCAAAUGGAUGGGGCUGGAGAAAUGGGUUUGCAAGGGAAAUGAUGAUGAGACACAGGUGUGUAUAAUCUGGGAGCCUAAGUGGAUGAAAGGCUGAGUAAUCAGGUGGAAAAUAACAUUUUGGAUAGAUGAUAAAGAAAAAUAUUUACAUAUUGUGAGGCUGUGGUCUAUUUGGUCAAAGAGCAAAACGCUGGGGGUAGAAUACCUAAGACAAAGCUGUAGCUUCUCCGUUGGCAUAACCUUAUUCAGGGAUUCUGCAAAUUGAAGCUCUGCCCCUACUUCCUUACAACAAUGGAAAUAUUUGUAGGGACUGGGGCGAGAGUGUGCUUGUGACUGCAAUUUUGGUUCCAAAUUUCUAUCCUGAGCUACUGUUAACACUGUUUAUGCACAACCACAGAUUCGCUGAUUGACCUUGGGCAAAUUGCUACUUUCUAUGACUCAAUUGUCCUAUCUGUAACACCAGGAUAACAUGUAAUUUAGAGUGAGGAUCAACUGAGAUAAUACACGUGAAAGCUUACAUACGUGGUUCAACAAAUGUUGAGGGGUGACAGAUAAACGACAAAUUAAUAAACGACAAAUCUCAAAGGAACUGGGGCAGCAAUUUUAGAAAGUCGUACAAGGGACAGACCUGGGAUUCCCUCUACUCCCAGGAGACCCCGGAGAGCCGGCGCGAAGACAAAACUAGAAUUUCUUGGCCCCUAUUUCCUCCUAACGGCUUGGCCGUAUUGUACCUCCUGAUUCUUCUGGUCCCAGGCUGCAGCUGUAGCUCGCUCCGCCUCGGGGCGCCCGCCUGCAGGGCCUCUGCGGGCUCAGCCAAGAGAGACGCUGAACCCUGAGCGCUGUGUCCGGUCUCCAGGGCAACCCUAUCAACUUCCGGUUUGCUGUGAGGCCGCGGCUGGCUAGAGGCCACAUUUCGCCACGUGACCUGCGCAAGCGUCCUGCGCAAGAGAGAGCUUGAGUCCGCAGCCUGUGACACCCAGCGCGUUCCGAAGCUGGACGCCAGGGCCCUAACUGGGGCCGCCCCCGGGGAGGUGACGCCAACCCAGACCGCUGGGUCUGGAGGCGCCGGAUUGGGACAGGGCUCGGAGUUCCCGAGGCUCCGCUGAGAAGCCGGGCGGCAGCAAGAUCGCUGCUCACGAACAGCCACACUGGAGCUGGAACUGGAACCCCAUGGGGCCGGGGCCCCGGCUGCUGGGCAGCGGCUCCUCCAAGCCGAGGCCGCGGCGGAGAAUGAGCAGGAGGCGGUGGUGGGCUCCCGGCGGAGCGACCGGGCCGGGAGCAUGCUGCGCUGGUUCAUCACCGUCCUCUUGUGUGCUGCCUUCCUGGGGCUGGGAAUCAGUAUUGCCAUACUGGGACCCACGUUUCAAGAUUUGGCAACAAAUGUGAACCGCAACAUCAGCAGCCUUUCUCUGAUUUUUGUGGGCCGUGCGUUUGGAUACUUGGGUGGCUCUGUGCUUGGUGGAGUUCUUUUUGACAGUAUCAUCAUUUUCUUCUUUUGGGUAAGGGUGUCCAUGUUCGCCACCACAGUUGGUCUUAUCUUGUUCCCAUUUUGUAAGACUGCAGUGUUUGCUGAUUUCAUGAUAUCCACCUUUGGCAUUUCCAUGGGCAUUCUGGAUACAGGUGGUAACGUCCUAAUCUUGGCUAUCUGGGGGGACCAAGGAGCCCCACAUAUGCAGGCCUUACACUAGUUUGCCCUGGGUGCCUUUUUGGCUCCACUGCUGGCUAAAUUGGCAUUGGGCAUGAUGGUGUCUGCUGAGAACCACACAGAGGCUGACUUAAAUCAUCCUGCCCUCAACCAGUCAUCUGAAGCUGACGCAGAAUCUCUAUUUGGAAUACCCGCCGACAUGAAUUUACUGUGGGCUUAUGCUCUGAUCGGUACUUACAUCUUGGUAGUGUCUCUCUUUUUUUUCACUCUGUUUUUCAAGAAAAGCUCGACUCAGGAAAAAGCAGAAGUGUCUGUUCAGAGGUUUCGAAGAGCUAAAUAUCAUAACGCCCUUCUUUGUCUCCUCUCUUUCUUCUUUUUUUAUGUUGGAGCCGAGGUCACAUAUGGCUCUUACGUCUUCUCCUUUGCAACCACCCAUGCUGGCAUGAAAGAAAGGGAAGCAGCUGGGUUGAACUCCAUCUUCUGGGGGACCUUUGCAGCGUGCAGGGGCAUGGCCAUCUUUUUUGCCACAUGUUUGCAACCCGGGACCAUGAUUGUGUUGAGCAACACUGGCAGCCUGGCUUCAUCUUUAUUUCUGGUGCUUUUCAACAAGAGUCCAGUUUGUCUCUGGAUAGCAACUUCUGUGUACGGGGCCUCCAUGGCAACCACGUUUCCCAGUGGUGUGUCUUGGAUUGAGCAGUACACGACCAUCCACGGGAAAGCGGCAGCAUUUUUUGUAGUUGGUGCUGCCCUGGGAGAGAUGGCUAUUCCUGCAGUAAUUGGAAUUCUUCAAGGGAGAUACCCGGAUUUGCCUGGUUUGUACACCUGCUUGGGGUCAUCAGUAGCCACGGCUGUUUUAUUUCCUGUGAUGUAUAAGUUAGCCACCUCACCUCUCGAUCGUCAGCGAAAAGAACGCAGGAAGAGUGAGGACCAGAAAGCUUUGCUGUCUAGCUCUGGGCUCAAUGACUAUGAGGAAGAGAAUGAAGACGACGAUGCAGAAAAAUGGAAUGAAAUGGACUUUGAAGUGAUUGAGGUGAAUGAUACAAUGAGAAAUUCUGUAGUCGAGACAUCUAGAAAUAUUUUGAUGGAGCCCACAGCAGAAGUCUCCAGUCAGUCCUAUUCAGAUGUGUUAAUGUUUGAGUCCUCCCCAGUGAAUAGUGGCAAGCCCCCUGUGAAUCACUUGCAAGAAGCCAGGACAAAAGGGACUAAUGCUUAGAGAAGAUGGAUAAUUGUCUGACUUCUUUGAGUAAUUGCCACUUCUAAAGAGGCCAGUCAGAGCAAAGUGUAACAGAUUUUCAGUGUGCGUUGGGGAUCAAAAUUUCUAGGUUCGAGUAUAGCAGACACUAAAACAUUUUGAAACGUUGUGUAAUUUCCAGAGUCUUUCAUAAAAAAAAGUGGUGGUCUUUUUUAUAGCAGGAUCCUGUUGUGAGGCCUGUGUUUGGCAUGUGGCUAAAUAAAUAUUUUAUGGCCUUCGCCCCUCA